GCCGGAGGAGAGAUGCGAACCGUCCCUGAUGAUCACACACAGGGGAGCGGGGACGCGUCUCUCCCGAGCCCUGCUCGCCUCGCUCCCUCUAGUCCAGCCGAGCCAAAGCAGCUCGGACCAAUCCCAGGCGAUUAUGCAAGACGGCGGACCAAUCAGCUCCGCAAGCUCAUGAAUAUUCAUGACCUCGGCUGAGUCAAAGCUUUGAGGCGAGUUUGGGGAGCUCGGCAGCAUCAUGCUUAGACUUUUCAAAGAGACAAACUCCAUUUUCUUAUGAAUGGAAAGUGAAAAUCCCGGUUCCGCUUAAAUUGGGUUCCUUCCUGUCCUGAGAAACACAGAGACCCCAAAAAGGGAAGCAGAGGACAGAGAGAGAGACAGAAAGAGAGAGAGAGACCCACACCCAGACCCAGCGAGAAGAGAUGACCAUGACUACUAUGCCAGAAAGCCUCAACAGCCCUGUUUCGGGCAAGGCUGUCUUUAUGGAGUUUGGUCCACCCAGCCAGCAAAUGUCUCCUUCUCCCAUGUCCCACGGACACUAUUCCAUGCACUGUUUACACUCUGCCGGCCACUCGCAGCCCGACAGCUCCUACAGCACAGCCUCGUCUUUCUCCAGGCCGCUGGGCUACCCCUAUGUCAACUCUGUCAGCAGCCACUCGUCUAACCCCUACAUCAGUUCAGUGCAAUCCUACCCCAACAGCUCCAGCCUGACUCAGACCCGGUUAGAGGAGACAGGGGCAGACUCGGAGAAAAGCACCGUGGUAGAAGGAGGGGAAGUUCGUUUCAAUGGGAAGGGGAAAAAAAUUCGCAAACCCAGGACUAUAUAUUCCAGUUUGCAGUUGCAGGCAUUGAACAGGAGGUUCCAGCAGACUCAGUACCUGGCUCUGCCGGAGAGAGCCGAGCUCGCAGCCUCUUUGGGACUCACGCAGACACAGGUCAAGAUCUGGUUCCAGAACAAGCGGUCCAAGUUCAAGAAGCUGAUGAAGCAAGGUGGGGCGGCCCUGGAGACCAGCGCCUUGGCCAACGGGCGAGCUCUGUCGGCCAGCUCCCCCCCGGUGCCCCCCGGCUGGAACACCACCGCGUCUUCGGGUAAGAGCUCCACGGGCAACGCGGGCACCUACAUCCCCAGCUACACGUCGUGGUAUCCCUCGGCCCACCAAGAAGCUAUGCAGCAGCCUCAACUCAUGUGAUCUACAAAACCCCGGUUCGGCCCGUUCCCGGCCUCCACUUCCCACUUGUUUAACUCCCCUCCCUGCCACACACACACACACACAUAUACUCCCCCCCGCCCAACCACCAUGAGGAAACACUUGGGACCAGAGAAGGGGAAGAAGGGAAAGAAAGAAGAGGAUGCAAACGAUGAGGACCACCACCGCCACCACCACCACAAUUACUCCUCCUCCAUCCCGCAGGCCUCAGCCAUAGGGACCACUUGGCUUGGAACACGCUGCACACACAACAGGCACAGAUGUGAAUCGGGGCUGCUUCCCAACUGCUGACAGCUGAGAGGAGCUGCCUCGGGCCAUCUAUUAGAUCAUCCGGAGGACAGCCUGGGAGCAGGGAGACCGGCCAACCCUCAGCUUUGUUGGGACGAUAAAAAAAAAAACCAACAAAAGUAACCCCCAAACCAACAACAACAAAAAGUUUGUAGAAAAGGUCUUCUCUGUCCUGUCUCGUCUCCUUGUCUCUCUGUCCCUGUGCUCUGACGAAUGUAGGUCAUUCGCUUGCUACCCCCCAACUUCUACGGCCUCUUGAAUAGCAAUGGGGAAAGGAGGUGGAGGGCGGAUGACACCCCCCCCUCCACCACCUUGUAAUUUUUUGGGACAUUCCCCUGUGCCCUCGCUUAUUCAUCUGUGUAGUUUAUUAGAGGGAGGUAGGGGAGGAGGGUGGGAAGGGAAUUUUAUUUAUUAAGAAAUUGACUCAAAUACCACUAUCCGAAUGCUAGACACCUGGUCACUAUCCAGCUUGCAAAGCGCACUGUUCGAAUGGACAGUUAACUCCAAAUGAAAAUGCAGUCUUAGUACAAGGGAUGCGAUUUUUAACUUUUACAAUGACUUUUAUAUUUUGCUGGUGGGGAGACGUUGGGUCCGAAUGAUUUGCAUUUUUCACAUACCCAGUGUUAAUUUUAAAAAAGAGCGAAAAGACAAAAAAAAAGCGAGAGAGAGAAAGAAACCGAGCCCACCCGCUUUCCUUCAUCCUAGGAGCGCUUGAGCGCUUUGCUUGGGCGAGAAGCAGAAUCCGAUUUCCCUCCACGAAAAAUAAAGGGCCAAGUUGACUGAUCGUCAGUGGGAAGGAAGAAACCGAGAGGCGAAACGAUCAUAUUCCACUUGGCUCCGAAGUGAGACAAUGCAGCUUUAAGACAGACCUCCAGAGGCUUUACCACAGAAUAAUGCCAACCCGAAACCUACAUGCACAUUCUCGAGUGCAGGAUCGAAUCUUUGUACAUAGUAUUAUUAAUUAUUAUUAAUUAUUAUUAUUAUUGUUCCGUAAACAUGUUGCACAAAUUUAGCCCCUUUCUUUCCGUUCUGUUUCGUGUGGCUGUAAAACAUGACGCUUUGUGAAAUGGGAAUCUCGACCUUUUACUUGUGAAAUUUCGAAGAUGUGAUCAAUUGAAAUCAACCGUGUUUAGUGUUCUAUAUGUCAAAGUUUAGUUUUAUAUUGAGAAUGUUAACUUAUUGCUUUGU